UAUUCAAGAGGGUUAUGACCAUAUGCGUUGGAAGUUAGCAGAGCUAGUACUUGACUUUCAGAAAGUAGUGGAAAAGGCAAACAUCAGCAUUGAAGAUCUCAAGCAGUAUGUCAUCCUUUAUCAUCCUGAUGAGCAGUAUAAAGAUGAGCUGAGGAAAGCAAGAGAUAUUUAUAAAGUGUUUGAUGUUAUUCGUAGCAAAUUCUGCUCUCUCUUCAAUUAUAAUGUCUUGUUGCGAAUUGCCGAGAAAUUCAAUCUUCCUGAUGGAUUUAAAGUAAUACAAGAAUACAAAGCAGAGGAAGAGAAUUAUCGUAAGCUAAUGAGUAGUUCCACACUUGCCAGUAUUCUGCAGGAACAACACGAAUUACUUCAUCAGAAUUUGUCUCGUACAAAAAAAAUCAUUUUGAAGCUACAAAGAUGGGCACGACCACCAUCACCAACAGUUGCUGAGUUUCAUGAAGUCGUUAAAGAUGUUUUUGCUGACCUUGGAGAUCUAAUUCAUCUUCUUGAAGUUAGGCCAGGUUCAAUCAUUGUAACAAUGAUUGCUCCUGAAAGAGUGACAGGAGCACUAAUAGCACUAGCAAAGAGGAGCGUUGGGUAUCUCAAAGAUAUUGGAGUGACCUGGUUAACAAUUGGAGAUACUUUAAUUAUCAAUGACAUUGAAGACACAGAAAAGUUGCCACAUUAUGACAGUGAACAAGACAUGCUCUCUUCCUCCAGUCCUAAUAAGGUGGAAAAUAUUUCUGACAAUGCUGAUGAUUAUCUGCCAAGUUCAUCAGUUGGAGUUGUUACUGGUACAGUGCCAUCUCAGUUAAGUCAUCCAUCAACACAAGCUGGAGUAGAUGAUGGAGGAGAUGAUACUGAUCAAGAAAUGGAAGCUGAUUCAGCUACUCCAGUGGUUGACCAAACGUGGCGUCAUUAUCCUUUCAAACCAAAAGAAAUGAUGAUUAUUGGAUCAUUUGGUGAUCAUAAUAAUUGGCUGGAACAACAAUACAUUGUAUCACCAAAACUGCUUACAACAGAGCUAUCAGAUGAUUGGAGGAAAGAAGAGAUUAAGAGAAUUGCAGACCUGUAUAAUAGAAAUCCAGACAAGCAUCAGAUUAAAUCAGUCCAUUAUGAUCUACCAGGAAGGGAGCACACUAAAGAAUAUUACAUGGAAGCAAUCAAACAAUUUUUCAUUAACUGCAAACAGGAAGGAGCUAUUCUCUAUUACACUGGUCAUGGAGAGAAGGACACUGGUAACUGGUGCUUUAAAGAUGGAGUAAUCUCAUUCAAUAAUAUCUUUGAAUUAUACAUAAAUCAUUUUACAGGGAAGCCAUUAACAAUAGUAUCAGAUUGCAGUUAUUCUGGUAACUGGAUCAAUGAAUGUCGUAACAGGUUAGAUGAGAUGAUUGUUCCAUCAUGUGGGCACCACACAAGAAAGCACGGGCUGUUGUUUCAGAUUGAUACUUCUUGUGGGCCUAAUGAAGAAGCUACUGCAUUGUGUUAUGCUAAUGAAGCUAAUGUUUAUAGUGAACCAGAUAAGGCAGUGAUAUUUUACAUUAGUAAAACACUAUCAUCAGGACAGACAACAAUGCAUACCGACUUUAAACGCAUUUAUUGUAGUAAACGAGCUAAUGAAUCCUGUAAAGCUGAUGCUGACUGUACUUGGAAUAAUCACUGCAAGAGUCAUCUUCUUCGAAUUGUUCGUGGUAAAGACAAAGGAUGGGCAGCCUGGCACUAUUUGUUACUUGAUGAAGAGAAAGUAGCUGACUUCAAUGCUAAACUAGGUGGAAACAUUGAUGUUGCUAAUUAUGGUAGAAUCUUAGAGUCAGGAUGGAGCAAGGACCCUCCCAAAGAUAUUGAGCAAAAGAUGGAGCUGCGAUUAGGGUUUAUUCCUUAAACCAAUUGAUAGCUUUCAAUGCAAAUACACAAUUGAUGUUCUAAUCACAUGCAUAACUAUUAUAAUAUCUACAAAAUUUUGUGUGUCUCCUUUUAUAGUUUAUAGUUAUUAG